AUGAGGUUGCUUGCUUUUGCUUUGACUGUGGCCCUUGUGGCGGGUUACCAAGUCAACUAUGCCCCUGAGUUUGCCACCGGUAAGACCUACGUGUACAAAUAUGAAGCAUUUCUCAUGGGCGGCCUGCCUGAGGAGGGGUUGGCGAGGGCUGGAGUAAAAGUCAGCAGCAAAGUUUUCAUCAGUGCCGUGGCUCCUGACACCUUCCUGCUGAAGCUUGUGGACCCUGAGCUCUUUGAGUACAGUGGCAUCUGGCCCAAAGACCCCUUCAUUCCAGCCACCAAGCUCACUUCAGCCCUGGCUGCUCAGCUCUUGACACCCAUCAAGUUUGAGUAUGCUAACGGUGUUGUCGGGAAGGUGUUUGCCCCAGCUGGCGUCUCUGCAACCGUGCUGAAUGUCUACAGGGGAAUCCUCAACGUCCUGCAGCUGAACAUCAAGAAGACAUUGAACGUCUAUGAGUUGCAAGAGCCUGGCACUCAGGGUGUCUGCAAGACCCACUAUGUCAUCCGUGAGGACGCAAACGGUGAGCACAUCCAUCUGACCAAGACCAAGGACCUGAACCACUGCCAGGACAGAAUCUUCAAGGACAUCGGUUUGGCUUACACAGAGAGAUGUGCCGAGUGUGAGGCUAAAGGAAAGGCCUUGAAGGGAGCCGCUGCCUAUAACUACGUCCUGAAGCCCGCUGCCACUGGUGCUGUGAUCCUGGAGGCAACUGUCACCGAGCUCAUUCAGUUCUCACCUUUCAACAUACUGAACGGUGCUGCCCAGAUGGAGGCUAAGCAAGUCCUGACAUUCCUUGAGGUAGAGAAGACCCUAGUGGAGCCAAUCAGAGCUGAAUACGUUCACCGUGGAUCCCUGCAGUAUGAGUUUGCCACUGAGCUUCUCCAGACACCCAUCCAGCUUAUGAGGAUCAGCAACGCAGAGGCUCAGAUUGUUGAGAUUCUGAACCACGUCGUGACCUUCAAUGUGGCCACAGUCCAUGAAGACGCACCUCUGAAAUUCAUUGAACUCAUCCAGUUGCUGCGUGUGGCCAGAUUUGAGAGUAUUGAGGCCCUGUGGGCUCAGUUCCACAAUAGACCUGCCUACAGACACUGGAUGCUGAGUGCUGUCCCUGCCAUUGGAAGUCAUGUGGCCCUGAAGUUCAUCAAGGAGAAGUUUGUUGCUGGUGAACUCAAACUUGCUGAAGCUGCUGAGGCUCUGCUUGCAUCUGUGCAAAUGGUGACAGCUGACCUGGAGGCCAUCAAGCUUGUUGAGGGACUGGCUUUCAACCACAAGAUUCAGGCAAAUCCAGUUCUGCGUGAGAUUGUCAUGCUCGGCUAUGGUACCAUGGUUGCCAAAUACUGUGCUGAGAACCCAACUUGUCCAGCUGAGUUAGUGAGGCCCAUCCAUGAACUUGCUAUUGAGGCUGUUGCCAAGGGUGAAUUUGAGGAGCUCGUCAUUCUUCUCAAAGUUCUUGGUAAUGCUGGCCAUCCUGGUAGUCUUAAGACAAUCAUGAAGCUUCUGCCUGGAUUUGGCAGUGCUGCUGCCAGUCUGCCAAUGAGGAUUCAGAUUGAUGCUAUUCUGGCCCUAAGGAACAUUGCAAAGAAGGAGCCCAGGAUGAUCCAGGACUUGGCCGUUCAGCUGUUUAUGGACAAGGCUCUCCAUCCAGAGCUCCGCAUGGUUGCUGCUGUCGUGCUGUUUGAGACUAAGCUCCCCAUGGGUCUGGUGACUGCACUUGCUGAUGCAGUUUUGAAGGAAAAAAAUCUGCAGGUCGCCAGCUUUGUCUACUCUUACAUGAAGGCUAUGACCAAGAACACCGCCCCCGACUUUGCUGGAGUUGCUGUGGCCUGUCAUGUUGCUGUGAGGAUCCUCAGCCCCAAAUUGGACAGACUGAGCUACCACUUCAGCAGGACUCUUUAUUUUGAUGCCUACCACAACCCCUGGAUGAUGGGUGCUGCUGCCAGUGCUUUCUACAUUAACGAUGCUGCAACUAUUUUGCCAAGAGCUAUUGUGGCCAAAGCCCGUACCUACUUUGCUGGAGCUUAUGCUGAUGUUCUUGAGUUCGGAGUAAGAACUGAGGGAAUCCAGGAGGCUCUUUUGAAAAUCCCUAAGGCCCCUGAGCAUGCUGACAGGAUCACCAAGCUGAGAAAUGUCAUGAAGGCUCUUUCUGAGUGGAGGGCCCACUCAUCAAGCCAGCCACUCGCCUCCAUGUAUGUGAAGUUCUUUGGACAGGAGAUUGCAUUUGCCAACAUUGACAAAGCCAUUGUUGACCAGGUUGUUGAGCUUGCCACUGGACCUGCAGUUCAUGCUUAUGGAAGGAAGGCUUUGGAUGCUGCGCUGUCUGGUAUCUCAUUCCAUUAUGUCAAACCUCUGCUGGCUGCUGAGGUGCGCCGUAUCCUCCCCACUGCUCUCGGUCUGCCCAUGGAGCUCAGUUUCUACACUGCUGCUGUGGCUUCUGCUGCUGUCGAAUUCCAAGCCACUGUGUCUCCACCUCUGCCUGAGAACUUCCAUGCAGCUCAACUUCUUAAAUCUGACAUCGCGAUGAGGGCCGCAGUUACUCCAAGUGCUUCCAUGUACACCUAUGCAGUUAUGGGAGUGAAUACUGCUUUCAUCCAGGCUGCCCUGUUCUCAAGAGCAAGAGUCCACACAAUUGUGCCUGCCAAGUUUGAAGCAAAAAUUGACAUGAUUAAGGGCAACUUCAAACUAGAACUUUUGCCUGUUCAGGGCGUGGAUAAGAUUGCAUCUGCAGUUGCUGAGAGCUUUGCUGCUGCAAGAAAUGUGGAAGACCUUGCAGCUGCAAAAAUAACACCAAUGAUUCCAGCUGAAAUGGCGGCACAGCUGUCAAGGCAGACCUUCACCUCUAAGAUUACUUCUAAGAUUGCAUCUUCUCUGGCUAGUGUGAGAAGCCCCAGGGCCUUUGAGAGGAAGAUGUGUGCUGCUUCUGAAACCUUUGGAGUCAAGGCAUGUGCUGAGAUUGAGUCUCGGAAUGCGGCCUUCAUCAGAGAGUCUCCACUCUAUGCCAUGAUUGGAAAACAUGCAGUCUUUGUUGAGGUUGCUCCAGCUGCUGGACCAGUCAUAGAGAAGAUUGAGAUUGAGGUUCAGGUUGGAGAUAAGGCGGCAGAGAAGAUAAUCAAAGUGAUCAACAUGAGUGGAGAGGAGGAAACUCUCGAGGAGAAGAAUGUACUGUUGAAGCUCAAGAAAAUCCUGGUUCCUGGCCUGAAGAACGGCACCAGAUCAUCCUCCAGCUCCAGCAGCUCUCGCUCCAGCUCUAGACUCAGCUCAGCCGCCACCUCUUCUGUGUCAUCAAAGUCCUCUUCCAGCUCUUCCUCUCGUCGCACUAGUAAGAUGGUCAUUGAUGUCCCACUCAGCAAGAGAUCUAAGAGAGUCAGCAGCAGCUCCAGAAGUUCCUCCAGCAGCCAGUCAAGCAUUCGCUCCAGGAGCCACUCCAGCAGUGCCUCAAGCAGCCAUUCAUCUGUCCGGUCCGGCAUCCGCUCCUCCAGCUCUAGCUCCUCCAGCUCCCGCAUGUCAAGGGUGAGGCACAACUUCAAAGUCAUCCAUUCCCAUAUACAAAACCAUACAAUCGCAGUCUCCACAGCCAGAUCCACAAGCAGGAGCAGCGCCUCCAGCUUUGAGGCCAUCUACAAUAAGGCCAAAUACCUUGCUAAUGCUGUGACUCCUGCGGUGACAAUCCUCAUCCGUGCUGUGAGAGCUGACCACAAGCUUCAGGGAUACCAGAUUGCAGCUUACGUUAACAAAGUUGAUUCCAGAGUGCAGAUCAUCUUUGCCAACCUUGCUGAGAAUGACCACUGGAGAAUCUGUGCUGAUGGUGUGAUGCUAAGCUACCACAAGCUUAUGGCCAAAGUUGCAUGGGGUAUUGAGUGCAAACAAUAUGAGACUGAGAUCACUGCUGAAACCGGUGUUGUUGGUCAAGAGCCCGCACUCCGCCUGAAACUGACCUGGGACAAGCUUCCAUCCAGCAUGAGGCGCUAUGCAGAGAAGAUCUCUGAGUACAUUCCAAGCAUUGUUCUGAACACUGGAAUGACUCUGGCCAAAGCAAAGAACAUUCGCAAGCAGAUCAAACUGACUGUGGCUGUCGCCUCUGAGAGAGCCCUGAAUGUUGUGCUGAAGACACCCAAGAGGACCAUGUACAAACUGGAUGUGGCACUCCCUGUUUAUUUGCCCAUUGGAAAUACUGCUGCUGAGCUGGAAGCCUAUCGGGACAAUCUAUUUGGAAAGAUCUCCUACGCCAUUACCAAGGCUCACGCAGCUGAGUGUACCAUGGUCAAAGACACUCUGACCACAUUCAACAACAGGAAGUAUAAGAACGAGAUGCCCCACUCUUGCUACCAGGUCUUGGCACAGGAUUGUACCCCAGAGCUCAAAUUUAUGGUUCUCCUGAAGAGGGAUCAAACACAUGAACAAAAUCUAAUCAAUGUGAAAAUCGCAGACAUUGAUGUUGAUCUCUACCCCAAGAACAGUCAAGUUAUGGUUAUGGUUAAUGGAGUGGAAAUCCCCAUCAUGAACCUGCCAUAUGAGCAUCCCACAGGCCAAAUUCAGAUCCAUCAGAGAGGUGAGGGCAUCGCUCUCCAUGCUCCAAGCCAUGGUCUUCAAGAGGUCUUCUACGAUAUCAACACAUGGAAGGUUAAAGUUGUAGACUGGAUGAAAGGCCAGACCUGUGGACUGUGUGGAAGGGCUGAUGGGGAGGUCAGACAGGAGUACCGCACCCCCAACGGACGUGUGACCAAGAGUGCAGUCAGCUAUGCUCACUCCUGGGUGCUCCCUGCCAAGAGCUGCCGUGACUCCUCUGAAUGUCAGAUGAAGCUUGAGUCUGUGAAGCUGGAGAAGCAGAUGGUCAUCCAUGGUGAACAGUCCAAAUGCUACUCUGUUGAGCCUGUGCUGCGCUGUCUGCCCGGCUGCCUCCCUCUGAGGACCACCCCUGUCACCGUGGGCUUCCACUGCCUCCCAGCUGAGUCCAACCUGAGCUCUGGAGCAAUGAGCAGCAUCUAUGACAAGAGCGUGGACCUGAGGGAAACAACGGAGGCCCACCUGGCCUGUCGCUGCACUGCUCAGUGCGCCUGA